AUGCGUUUUGCUCUGACGACGUUCAUAUUAUCUUCAAUCCUCGUCCCGUACUCCACAGCCGUUCUCCAUGAGCAUUUGUCUUCGCUGUCCUCUGCAGCGUACGAUUACAUUAUUGUCGGCGGAGGUACUGCGGGCGCCGUACUCGCAAACCGCCUAACCGAGGAUGCGAGACUGUCUGUCCUCCUCAUAGAAGCUGGGCCUUCACACCAGAAUACCUUGGAGUUGGAGAUUCCCUAUGACGCACGGAUUGCAUCCCCUGGAACUAUAUGGGAUUGGAACUAUACUACUACCCCGCAAGUACAUUCUCGUCUAGUGUGGAGUACGAACUCAUACAGGUCUAGUCAACUGAAUGUCAAAGGUCGACGAAUUGCAUAUCCCAGAGGGCGAGUCUUGGGGGGCUCAAGCUCGAUAAACUACAUGUUCUAUACCAGGGGUUCAGCAGACGAUUUUGAUCGGCUUGCCAGGACCGUACAGGAUGACCGGUGGUCUUGGAAGAGUCUCCUCCCAUAUUUCAUCAAGACUGUACUGACUGCAUCUUCACAAGAUGGACGCGGGACAGGGCCGAAACACAACCCCAGAGUACAUGGCACCGACGGACCGUUAGCUGUUGGCUCUCCGGGUUACUCACAGCCAAUUGAUGAGAAAGUUCUACAAGUCACGAAGGAGUUGCCCGACGAGUUUCCGUUCAUCCUGGAUCACAAUGCCGGUGCUCCUGUUGGCGUUAGCUGGGUGCAAAAUACUAUACGCAAUGGUUCACGGGAGAGUUCGGCCACGGCGUAUUUGGCUGACCGAUACCUUCAAAGAUCGAAUUUGCAUGUUCUCGUCAAUACAGAAGUACGCCGGGUGCUGCGAUCUAUUCACAACGGCCCUAUCGACACCGUGGAACUUGCUGUGGCUGGAACCAAAGAUAUCAGUGGUCACGUACUCGCUUCUCGCGAAGUCAUCUUGGCAGCGGGCUCAAUCGGUACACCGCAUAUCCUCCUCAACUCCGGGAUUGGUGACGCUCGUGAGCUAGCGGCGCUCGGUAUAGCUCCCGUACUCGACAUCCCAAGUGUGGGAAAGAACAUGUCAGACCACCCGUGGGUCCCCACCACUGCCUGGCACGUCGCUUCCGACGACACUGUGGACGUUAUCAACUACAAUGCCUCUGCUGCCGCCGAGGCCUUGCAGCAGUGGAAGACAUCCAAGACAGGACGAUUUGUAAAUGGGGUAUCCAACCAGGUCGCCUGGAAUAGACUGAACACUUCGGAUCCCGAGGUGAAGGCAAUGUUGGGGACGUACGGUGAUCCCGCUGCUGGACCGAACUCUCCGCAUUUUGAGUUCAUCAUAUACAACUUCGGCCUGCAAGUACAGAAUCGGUCGAGUAACUAUUUUACGCUUGCACCGAUUCUCCUCACGCCCAGCUCCCGUGGGACGGUGACCCUGGAUCCCGCGAAUCCACUGGGUCCGCCGGUUAUUGACACCGCUUACUACACGUCCCCGCUUGACCUAUUCAUUCAGCGUCAAGGAAUCCGUUCAAUCCUCCGGUUUGCGUCUGCUAAAGCAUGGCAAGGGUAUCUACUUGGCGCGGCCGACGACUUCGCGAAGGUAGCUAGCACUUUUGGCGAAGACUUGCAAGCCCUGGAUGAUUACAUACUCGACCAUACCGAGACGCUUUGCCACCCCGUCGGGACUGCCAUGAUGUCUCCCUACGGUGCGAGCUGGGGAGUAGUCGAUCCUCACCUCCGCGUUAAGGGAAUCAAGGGAUUGAGAAUCGUCGACGCCUCCGUCUUUCCCUAUGUUCUUGCUGCAGCGACUCAAGCCGCAGUGUUCGGACUAGCAGAGCGCGCGGCGGACAUAAUCAAGGACGCGAGUGUGAGAGGAUUGUGACCGUUUCGGCUCUGGUGAUGGCCGGUGUAAGCCCUACAGUAUCUAGGCUACGUACUGUACUCAAUCGAGUGGAACGAUUCAUGAGGGGACAAUGAUGACCAACCU